CUGGGAACACCAGUAGCAGCAAAGGUGAUGUGUUUUAAUGGACGAAUAGAUUACUCUGGCAAUUCUUUGACUGCUUUAUUGAUAUUUGUUGAUAUUAUUUUGUGCAGCCACCUGAAUAAUAAGUUUUUAUAAAAAAAAAAAAAUCAGAGUAGGGGAAGAAAAAAAAUCUUGUUUUGACUAGAGUGAAUUUAGCAUAUAUGUGUACAGCAAAGGGAGUGUGCAGUCAAUAACUGUGUGAAGGUGUGAUUUUAAUUUGUUUUGUGUCUGAUUUAGAAAAACCAUAAAGCAGUCAAUGAUUUGUUUUUACAAUUAUGAGCUGGAUUCACACACCCAUGCCUACUUAUUUGUAGAUUUAACUGUAUUCCAUUUUAAAAGUCAGUACUUUUUUUAUUAAUGUUUUUUUAUAAGAGAUUUCGGUACUAGCCUAUUGUUUUUACAAUUCUGAGCUGUAUUUACACACCCAUGCCUACAUAUUUGUGGUUUUAACUGUAUUCCAUUUUAAAAGUCAGUACUUUUUUUUUUUUUUUAAUUAAUGUUUUUAUAAGAGAUUUCGGUACUAGCCUAUUAAAGCGGCUCUGUCACUAUAUAGUUCUCCCAGCAUAGAGAUAUCUUACCUUAACUACUGGAACCUCCCAGUUGUUGUUUUCAUUAUUAUUAUUAUUAUUAUUAUUAUUAUUAUUAUUAAUAUAGCGUCAACAAAUGCCGUAACACUUUACAAUAUUAACUUUAUCUAACAUCACGACUGGUUCAACAUGACGUUUAAAGUUGCUCCAGUCCUGCAAGGGCUUUCCUCUCAGGGCCGCCAUCUUUAAGAUUCCAAGAUGGUGGUACCAAGAGAUGAAAUCUUCUGCCCUUUCCCUGGCAUGUGCGUGAAAUGACAUGCAUGCCCAAGGGAACUGGCGUCUUCCACUGAUCUCAACAUUGAGUCUGUCAACAACGAUAAUGAGUGAUGUGACGCGUGAGGGAGGUGAGUAUAGAAGAAGAUGGCCAAUGGCAAAGUUGAUGAAGCAAAGAAAACAAUUCGCACUCCCCAGUGAAAAAAAAACAAAUGAAUGUGAGGGUUAACAGAAAAUUCUUUUCACAAUAAUUGUAGAUAUCCGGACUCCUCUUAGUCUUCAUAUAACAAAAACAACCAAAAUCUACAAUAAAAAUAUCAAAUACAAUAUAUGGACACCGUAUGUUUAAUUGUGGGUAAGUACCUUAACGUACCUACAUUGCACAAUUAAGCAGUCUCUUAAGUGUUAACUCCUAUGUAAUUAAUGUGUAAACCUAACAAGCCCUGCUAACAUUAAUAAUCAGGGGUACUCGUUUGUUUUGGCCAGUGGGAACUAACCUGAAAACGCUAAAAAACCAAAUGCCUAGGAGUCUCUCCUUAUCUAACAAACUCCCCUAAAUUACAACCUUCUUCAGAUACUCUUAAACGGUUAAAGCUUGUGUAAAGGAUCCUUGCAUUCGUGCAGCGAUUAUCCUUGCAGCUUCUCCCGAAAUCCAACUGAAACGAAGUGAUUAUAGCUCCCAAUCCCCCAAACAUGAGUCGAGACUUCAUGAAGGGGUAAAACGAUCUGAUUUACUGUGGGCUACCCGCCCGGUAUUUAUGCAGGUCUUCCACCUGGUGGACACUCCCCUAGGGGACCAGAUGGAAGACUGGGACAAAAGUAACACAGUAGCCAAUCACAGUGGCUAUAGCAUAAGCACUCCCCUUUUACAUAAAUCACUCCCUCUUUUCCAUCCUGGAGAUAAUUAACUUAAGGUAGCAAAGAGAGCCUUAAUUAUCUCCAGGAAGAAAGAAGCAUGGCUUUUCUUAUUUAGCAAAACAGAAUAAAAAUAUAUAACUUUCUUUUUACACAACAUAAACUUUAAGUUCCACAUAUCCCCAGAUAGCUUGGAUCUGAGGGCAUAUUCUAGGCGAAUAGCGCUCAGAUCCCACGAACACAGUUCUCAGAAUCGUCGACCGAAGUUUGACUUUCACCGGCCGUUCGUGUGUUUGCAGCCGACUGCAAGUUCCAUACUAUAGCUAUCUGGGGUCGGCCACUUUCGCAUUUAUUGUUAUUUCCACGAAAUCCCGCUGUAAUUCUCCAAAUAACCUAACAGGCUUGUUUGUAUAGUCUGUAAAUAGGGGAUUUCGUUACAGCUUGUUUAAACAUAAAGAAAUUAAAAAUGUGCAUGUUCCUCAUAUGUUACUUCAAGUGUUAAACAUGUUGCAUUGAUGCUUGUUCAUGAUGAUGUGACUUACAGAAAGCUUACCUGUAACUUUCACAAAUGCACAACCAAAAUAAAGAAUUAAAAAAAUAAAUAAAAAUUGUGGGUAAGUACGCUCACAAAAGUGGAUGUUAUAAGCAGGACAUAAAUUGAUGUGUAGAAGAUCUUUCUUCUCCUUGACCUCAAUAGCUCAGUCACAUGUAAGGAAAGACCUAUAAAACCAUAGUGCAAGACUGUAUAUAAUGUGAACAACUUUAAUAUAAUAUUGCAAAAAUCCAGUUAAUUAAGGCAGGUCGAAAAUAAGUCAGGGAGUUGAAGGAUUCACUGGAACAGCGUCCUCGCCCAUAUGAAAUGGUUUAUUAGGAGGUGCUUAAAACGAAAUUAAAUAAAAACACAUAAAAUAUUAGGAUAUAAACAGUCUGCAAGCCCUACAUGUUUCUUCUGGUGGUAUGUGAACAGUUAAUGCAGCCACCUCUUUAAAAGUCUGUCAAAGGCCACGGAGCAGCCAACCAAUCAGUGUGCUUUACUUAAAUUAUAAAGAAAAAGUGUAGGAAAACCUUGAAACCACAGGUAUUAGAUAUCACCCUCUAUCCCCAUAUUAUUAGGAUGAUGUGGUUGACAGAUUUAUGUAUUUUUUAAAUUUUUUUUUAUGGGUGGGGUGGACAAUGCUAUGUACAACCGAUUUUAUCAGUAGCCCCCUCCCACCGCUUAUGGGUGGUGGCUGGGGGACCAUUAGGUUCCAUGGUUAUUGAAUCGAUAACCCACACCUAGCAUGGGUUGGGUCUGGGGAGGAACACUAAGCCCCCUCCAUUAAUUAUCAAAUGAAAAAAACAAUUGGUUCUCCCGUUAAUUUUUAUAAGUAUCCUCCAUCUACUAACCACUGGUAGGGGCACGGAGGUGGGCAGUGGUCCGUCCACCAAAUAUUUAAUUUAAAGGGCUACUUCAACACUUUGGAGCGGGGGUAUCUUUUCUGUGUAAAAUGUCAUAUUGGGAAUUAUGGAGUGGGUCCUCCCGCUCUGAUUGCAAUAAAAGCUUAUUUUUUUUAUUUUUUACUCAUCUUGAAUCCAGCGGGAGGCAAACUUCCUGGUGCUGACUUGCACGCCCCCACCUGACAUCAUUGGGGCCACGCAGUACAAUCACUUAUAGAGAAGCCUGUCAUCGGAAUCUUUGCCGGCGGGCCAGCAAGGGGAAGGAGGGAGUGGGGAGGUGGAAGAAGGGGUAUUUGAACCAAAAAAAAAAAAAAGCUUACAAUGGAGGAAUGUGGGAGGGGGCACCCACAAGGUGGAGAAAGAAGAAUUUAACGUCUUUCAGCAGCAUGCAGUGUGCGCUGAUUCCAGACAUUAAAUAUGCACAGAAAUGAUAUUAGGCAUCCUGGAAAAUAAUUCUGGACUGCCAGUGUCACAUGCUGAGGAUGCAACUAGCUACCAGCACACAAUUACUAAUAUUUCUGUAUGUUCAGUGAUUCACUGAAGUGGUUAUGGUGGUUAGAGUAACCCUUUAAAGGCAUAGCAGGGACGUUUUGAGAUGUCGCUAGAUUAUGGAUUCAGUCUGUUUAGUAGAUACGUCACUACCCAAGCGCUGGUAGGUGGGGGUCAGGCGGGAGGUAUAAAACCUCCCUUAUACAAAUACGGGGUUCAUAUUGACCUACAUAAUCUUUUUAUUUUAUUUAUUCAGUUUUUUAAUGUGGGGGCUCGCUAACAGAGACUGUCCAGCUGCCUCAUGUUUAACCAUUGCGCUGCUGUGGAUUUUACUAACUAUUUCCGUGCUGGCUUCUAGUGCUACCAGCAUGUAAGUCAUUUGGAUUUUGAAAAUCCAGCCCUGAUUUCUAAGCAUCCGGGUCUAAAUUUCAGCCCGUCUGAAAUCUGGACUAAAUUCAGGCGUCCUGGGAGCUUCCUUUGCCUAAAUAGUGUGAACAAUGCCUGGAUUUUGAAGUCCGCAGUUGCCCCUUACAGCACCCAUUCGGUUUGGGGCCAUUUGGACUUUAGUAAAUAAAUUAAUAAAGCCACAAUAAAAUGAAUUUAUUAAUGUUUAGAUAUUAAUCUGCACAGAUGACAUCCUUUAGUUUAUUCUAAACUACAUUUUAAUGUCACUAAUAGAUAGUGAAAUGAAAUCAUCAGACUUUACUCAUAAAGAAUCAGGGAGAGGAUAAGCUGAUGUUUGAGAAAAAAAGAAUUAUGAGUGGCUAGAAAUGACAACUGUAGCUCGUCUGCAGCUUUUUUUUCUUUUCUUUUCACAGCUGUGUUAGUUGUACAGCAUUGAGAUGAAACCUUCUUACAUCACCGUGUCACACUCCCUGUGCAGACUACAGAUCCCUUGGUGCUGUGCCUCAGUCUCCACCCCUUCCUUACACGCUAGCAAGCAAAGGUCAGAAUGCUGCCUUCCCUCUAACUGAAGUUUUGUUUCCUUCCAACCAGCUCUCAUUGGUUUCUGUUCCUGUAAAAGGAAGUUUGCGCUUGCUUUCUGUUCCUGCUGUAGAGACUGAACCUUGCUGGAACCCUAAACAGAUUGCAGAACACAGGUAACUCGACUUGUAGGAAGCAGACACAAUAUUCGAACACUGUAUCACUUGAAUACCUAAAACUAAAUGUAAAAAAUGAAAGUGAGCUGCAACGAUUAGAAUUCGUAAUGAUUCCCCAAAUCGGCUACGUUAUAGCUUUGGCAUUUUCAGGCAUGAAGUUUAGUAAUCGACAAUUAACAGUUUAGUGAAUGAAUAUUGGCAUUUGAACUCUGCAUAUCUUUGUUUUUCAGGUUUACUUACAAAUUCCUUAAAUGUGUAAAAAUACAUAUAUAUCAAAGCUAAUUUCAAAUUUAAGGCCAAAAGUUAAAGGGAAACGCCAGGCACCUAGACCACUUCGGCCCAUUGGAGUGUGGUGCCAACUCCCACCACACUUAACCCUGCAAGUGUAAUUAUUGCAGUUUUUAUAAACUGCAAUAAUUACCUUGCAGGGUUAAGUCCUCCUCUAGUGGCUGUCUAUCAGGCAGUCACUAAAGCAGUGAUGGCGAACCUAUGGCACGCUUCCCAAAGGUGGCACGCCGGGCCCUUUCUGUGAGCACGUGGCCAUAGGUUCGCCAUCAAUGCAGAGUAGGCACCUGCCUGCCCAAAACUACAGAUUUAGCAUACCCUCCCCCACAGCACAGCACCCUUACCCCUGCCCAGCACACCACCCCUAUCACACACACAACACCCCUAUCACACACACAACACCCCUAUCACACACACAACACCCCUAUCACACACACAACACCCCUAUCACACACACAGCACCCCUAUCACACACACAGCACCCCUCACACACACAGCAACCCUCACACACACAGCCUCACAACAUACACAGCACCCCUACCUCCCCCCACACACACAGCACCCCUAGCCCAACACACACACAUCACUCCUACCCCAACACACAGCACGCAUACCCCGCCCAGUACACCUACCCCCACACAGCACAGCACCCCUACCUCCCCACACACACACAGCACCUCUCACACACAGCACCCCUAAUCCCCAACACACACACAGCACCCCUAACCGCCACACACCACAGCACCCCUACCUCCCCACACACACAGCACCCCUCUCACAAACACAUACACUGCAUCCCUCAAUGCAGUGUGUGUAUUCAGCAGUCUGUGUGUGCGUGUAUUCAGCAGUCUGUGUGUGUGUAUUCAGUGGACUUUGUGUGUGUGUGUGUGUGUGUGUGUAUUCAGCAGUCUGUGUGUGUAUGUAUUGCAUUUGUUGGAGAUACUAAUAAAUAUAAGCUUAUAUUUAUUUAUAUAAUUAUUUAAAAUUUGUAUCAUUGAACUCUCUGUUGUGUUCGUCUUUUAAAUAAAAGUUGUUAAUUAGUUCGAACAACUGUAAGAGUUAUUUUUUCUAAAUUUAAAUCUCAAUAUUCAGGUUUAAUUGCUGUGUUGGCACUUUGAGGAAACAAAAGUUGGCAUGUAUUGCGGUUUGGGCACUCGGGCUCAAAAAGGUUCGCCAUCACUGCACUAGAGCGACUUCAGUGUUCUUAGAACACAAAAAGUGAUUUAAGCUACGCUGGACGUCCUCACGCUAUUCAUGAGGACCUCCAGCGUCGCUGAAAUCACCAUAGGAAAGCAUUGAAUAAUGCUUUCCUGUGGGGAGGUCUAAUGCGCGCAUGCGCAUUAGGUCUCUCCUGCCAAGAGCUUGACCCAGCGCUGAGGGACAUCGGCAUUGGAUUCAGAUAAGUCACUGAAGGGAUUUUAACAGGGUCCUGCAGUGCCAGGAAAAUGGAUAUGUUUUCCUGGCACUGGAGAGUCCUUUCAACUAUGCUUCCAGAUCAUCGACUUUGGACUAAAAUUUUAAAUUCACUUUGAAUUCUCACAUUAGUGAAUAAUCCUGUAUGUCUAAUUCUUAAGAACAUUAUACUUAUAUCUUAUUUGGCAAUCCACACGUUCUCUGCAGAAUGCAUCAGGAAACCGCGUUAUCUGUUCCUGUGUGUCCAACUUGUCUGGUUACAACUACAUGUCUGUUCGUCGACCCACUGUACAGCUCUGCGGAAUUUGUUGGCGCUAUAUAAAUAAUAAUUAUGUAUUGGCACAGAGGUUCCUUUAUUAGCACAGUCUUUGUUUAUUUUUGUUAUUUUUGUUUAUUCAGAUAAAUAAACACACAAUUUCAGUAUAAUAGGAAGCAAUGUGUAUCUAAAAUAUAUCCUUGAAAAAUUGAGCCAGAUCAACAAUUUUAUAUUUAGACUGUGUUCGCAGAUAUAUAAAAAGCAAUACAUUUACAGAAAUUAAAAUUUUAUUAUAUAUGUAUCUUUUUCACAAAUGUUGUCACCACUCGUUUCACUUAUAAUAUUUUGAAUAAUUUGUGAAGAAAACAAAAUGUAUUUUGGGACAUAUAUCAGUGAUGAUGUGCACACUAUCAAAGACACCUGGAUUUAGUCACACUGUUCAAAAAUGAUUUAAACAAGAACUAGGCCAGGGGUUGGCACAGUGGCACUCCCAGUCUGAUCCCUUAUAAGUGCUGUAUAGGUAUGUAGUAGUUCUGGUGUUUAAACCGAUUUUUAUUUUUUUUAAACCAGUGUCAUAAGAAAGAGUGGCUGUUUUGUAUGUUUUUAAUAUUGGCUUCUAUAUCUUCUGUUCAUGGUAGUAAUUUAGGCCAUUGAAAUUUACAUUAGAAGAACACGUGCAUGUGUCUUUAAUUGUGUUCACAUGGUACUGUACCGUGGGAUGCACUGUAUAACUGGCUUAUAAAGGCACGGCACGAAACACACAGUUUGAGUUACCCAUACAGCCACACAGCUAGAAAUGUGUUGUAUGUUGGAGAUUACAGGAAUGAGGUUCUACUUUCACUUUCUGUUUUCAGAAUGGUGAAUAAUAUAAAUGGAAGUUUACUUCAUAUGCUCUCAAGUGAUACGAGCAGAGUGAGAUAAAAGAAAUCAUGCAAAUGUUAAUAAAAUAAAAUAGAACAAUUCUCAUCAGUAAUUUUAAACAAAAGAGCUGGGGCUCUAGUAAUCAUUUCACCUGGACGGGCAAUCUAAUUUGUGGAGAAAAAAAAAAAAGAGCACGAAUUUCCCGAUUAGAAGUUCAAAUACAUGAGCCUUUUUGGAUUUUUUUCAGUAGUGAACUGUCCGGGUGUCACAGCAGGUUGAUGUUUGGGGAGUAGUGGCGUGCUUGAGUAUGUAUUGAUCAUUUUUAUAUGAGUAUUAUUUUAUAAAACGUGGUGAGUUAGGAUUUGGACAUUACGAGUGAAAAAGGAUUGCAUUUGCCUGAAUUGUAUUUAAUAUAUUUUACCAUCCGAGUUCCAGAUGUGAGUAACGUGUUUGCACUACAAAGAAUGUAGCAUGUUUUUUUGGUCUGUGCCUUUAUAAUUUUAGAAAUUAUGAUAUAGUAGUAACAAAAGUGCUUGUUUGGCAUACUAGUAAACACCAUCAGGGUUACUCUCUAAAGUAAGACUUCUUAUCAAUGCUGCUAUUUGUAAUACAAUUUACAAUUUCCUGGUCUUUUCUCCAUGAUUUCCUAUUAAGUGAAUAACCCCCACCUGAUAUCUUUUCAUAUUAGAAAUCAGUCUAUGAUUGCAGCCUUAAUUAUACAAAACACUCCAAUGUAUGAAUGCACAUGCACAGAUUAUUUUCACAAAUCAAUAGUUCAAAGUUGUCAUAUAGUCUUACUAAGGACAAAGUUCUCUGACGUGCUGGCAACCAUAUUCUAGUUAUAAACUGCUUUUGACCAAGCACGUCUCAUGGUGUUGGUGCCUUUCAGACAUUUGUUUAUAUCAAAUCAGAGACAAUCGCUUUAUGACACUUAUUUGUGCAAUGCUGGGAGAAGCUUGGCAAACUUGUGUCUGCCUGUGUUGCUUGUGAGAAGCAAAUUCUUUUUUUAAUCUUUGUUCAUUUGUUUCAGUUAAGUUUUAGUGGUUGUGUCUCUUCAGACUGUUUUUGUGAUUCUCUUUGACUUCCAGAUUGUCACGGCUAAAGUAGGAGAACCCAAAACACACAGACCCUAAUCUGCUAAAGGAGAGGUAUAAUGUAUUACCUGGCCUUAGGAUGGCCGAUUUAACGUAAAGAAGUAGUCAGGAAGAAAGCCAUGGUCAAACGUAAGAGAGUACAGCAUAAACGGUAAGACAAGCCAAAGUUGGUAACAAGAAAUCCAAAUAUAAUAUAAAGCGCACUCUUGGGUCAACAAGAACCACAACAGGACAACUUGCUACUGAAAGGCCCUGGCUUAUAAAGCCAGGAAACCAAUUCCAUUGGUCUGCAUCACUGUAGAACACCUAAACACCCGAAUUCGGCCAAAGCCGAAUUCGGGAGUUUCACUUCAUGCAAACCGAUCAGUUCGUCACUUUCAAUCGUGCCAUUAUGACAUUAGCGCGACUCCAUACAAAUAGGCGUGCAGCAUUUGACCCGCCGCUGGAUCAGGUAGGUCCGGAAUGGGUAAGUAUGACACAGAUUCUUACUCUGGCUUUUUUUUUUUUCAUUGAGGUCUAUAGUGUUCUUAAAAUACAUGAAAAAGUAGGGUCUACUUUUUCUUAUGUAUAACCUGUAACUCAACAAAACUUGGCAAUGGGUGGAGUAUAGGUCAAGCACCAUUUAAAAGGACACUGUAACCAGUAUAGCUAUUUCAUCUCAUUGACCAGGUUAGAGUGCUUGAGGACCUCUGGCCUGUCCCUCCAUUCAAAAUAAUUUUUGAGGAGUUUGACAUUAAAUAUGGGUUUCAGACCACCCAUAGUCAAUACCCAACUGGAGGUAUAGCUGAGGCAGAGACUAUACACUUCCUUCUAGCCAUACCAAAUCAUACCAACAAUGGGCGCUGUGAUAGGCUAAAAGUGGUCAGCUGCCACUCCCAACUAAUCACAGCCGCCCAUUGCCACUCAAGCUUCCUCAUUAGCAGAAAGGAUUGGCUCUGGGGACUCUUGUUUAGCAUUAAAAUAUAAAAAAAAAAAAAAACCAGUUUAACACUAAAAUUAAGGAUGGUGCCAGGGGACUUCAAACACUAGAACUACUACACGGAGAUGAAGUACUUACAGUGCCGACAAUAUCCCUUUAAAUUAAUUUUACCCGUAAUACUUCCAAGUAUUUUGCAUCCUGCGUUGUCAAAUCUGGCAUAUUUUCACUCUUUUCAUGUUACAUAGGCUGAAAAGAGACAUGCCUCAAUCAAGUUCAGCCUUUCUCACAUAUGUAUUUGCUGUUGAUCCAAAAGAAGGCAAAAAAAACAGUUUGAAGUGCUUUUGCAGGAAACUAGGAAAAUAUUCCUUCUUGACCCCUGAAUGGCAGUCAGAUAUCUCCUUCGAUCAAGAAGCCAUUACCCCACUAAUAAAAAAUAAUUUUUCUGAAUACUACGUUUUUGCAAGUAUUUAUCCAAUUGCUGACAACCCAGGCAGGUGCCCCAGCAGCCAGUACAGCUUUUCUGGGCCAUGUGUUCGCGAUGUCAUAGCGAUCACAUGGCUGGAUCAGCAGUAAACUGAACUGCCUGCAGUUUCGCCCAAACACUGAAAUAAUGGGUUAAAUAACACAUUUUUUAUUGUGCUUCAGAAAUUUAAUAACAAUAAGGAAUAUAUAUCUAUUCUAUAUAAUAUAUAGGUUUAAAACUAGCAGCACUCUCAGGUUUGUCUUUGUGGUUUUAUUCACUGAAUCACAUCAUAAAGUGGUCUUAACAGACGAUCAACGAUUCAGCCACUUUAGGCCUUUAUCAAGAUCUUGAUAAAGGCUGGAAGUGGCCUAAACGUUGAUCUUCUGUAAAGACCACUUUAUGGUGUGAUUCAAUGAAUAAAACCACAGCAAAUCUUGUCCUGCUGAAAGUUCUGUUACAGAACUGAAAUGUCAACUUCAUUUGAAGAAUUUCAUGUAAUUGAUGUGGAAUAUUAAUAAAGGAAAGCUUUUUUUACAAGUGGAUACCUUGGAGUGCUGGUCUAUUAUGGAUACAUAUCUUAACUGUGACCGAGCACUGGGUAAAGUAACCAAUAUUUUUUUAUCUUCGUUAGAGUGCUGGAUUUUUUGCAAUUUUAUAUAUAUGUAUAUAAAUAUACAAACAAAACCAAGAGGGCUGCACUCACCUAAACAUGCAUACAUUAUAGGGUGCUGCUGGGGCCAAAAUAUAAAAUAUACAGAAUCCAGCGCACUCGCUUAUUCACUAAACAAUGCUUUCAAAAUCUUAGAGAUUGUAAUAGUUUUAUUUAAAAACACCUCACCUAGGCAAAAAAUAAUGGGUGUUUAGUUACAUUAUAUGAUCAUAUAUUGCAUAAGCCUGCCACAACGUCAAUGUACCCCAUUCUUGGCAGGUCCUACUCUAGCAGCCUAAUGCUUGCCGUUAUGAGAUUGAUCCACUUACUUGGGAAAUACUUCCUUACUGGGACUCUCUGCAAGUCAAGGCUAAAUAGGAUCCUGGAAUGAGGCACCUGUGACAGGGAGGGGUGCAAAACCAAGGAGCUGGCCUAGACUCCCAAAUAUACAAACAGAACCAAGAGGGCUGCACUCACCUAAACAUGCAUACAUUAUAGGGUGCUGCUGGGGCCAAAAUAUACAAAAUACAGAAUCCAGCGCACUCGCUUAUUCACUAAACAAUGAUUUCAAAUCUUAGAGAUUGUAAUAGUUUUAUUUAAAAACCCUAUAAUGUAUGCAUGUUCAAGUGAGUGCAGCCCUAUUGGUUUAUUUUAUAUAAUUGGGAGGCCCAGGCCAACUCCUUGGUUUUGCACCCCUCCCUGUUACAGGUGCCUCAUUCCAGGACCCUAUUUAGCCUUGACUUGCAGAGAGUCCCAGUAAGGAAGUAUUUCCCAAGUAAGUGGAUCAAUCUCAUAAGGGCAAGCAUUAGGCUGUUAGAGUAGGACCUGCCAAGAAUGGGGUACAUUGACGUUGUGGCAGGCUUAUGCAAUAUAUGAUCAUAUAAUGUAACUAAACCCCCAUUAUUUUUUGCCUAGGUGAGGUGUUUUUAAAUAAAACUAUUACAAUCUCUAAAAUUUUGAAAGCAUUGUUUAGUGAAUAAGCGAGUGCGCUGGACUCUGUAUUUUGUAUAUUUUGGCCCCAGCAGCACCCUAUAAUGUAUGCAUGUUUAGGUGAGUGCAGCCCUCUUGGUUUUGUUUGUAUAUUUGGGAGUCUAGGCCAGCUCCUUGGUUUUGCACCCCUCCCUGUAACAGGUGCCUCAUUCCAGGAUCCUAUUUAGCCUUGACUUGCAGAGAGUCCCAGUAAGGAAGUAUUUCCCAAGUAAGUGGAUCAAUCUCAUAAGGGCAAGCAUUAGGCUGCUAGAGUAGGACCUGCCAAGAAUGGGGUACAUUGACGUUGUGGCAGGCUUAUGCAAUGUAUGAUCAUAUAAUGUAACUAAACCCCCAUUAUUUUUUGCCUAGGUGAGGUGUUUUUAAAUAAAACUAUUACAAUCUCUAAAAUUUUGAAAGCAUUGUUUAGUGAAUAAGCGAGUGCGCUGGAUUCUGUAUUUUGUAUAUAAAUAUAGAUAUAUGAUGCCAAAAUACCAGAGUCUAAUGUCUAAUGCCUUAGACUUGAGAAAGGAAGAUUGUCCCAAAGGCUUGUCAUUAAAACAUUCUAUUAGUCCAAUAAAAGGUAUUCCAAAAUACAAACUUUAUCUGUUUUUUACAUAUAUAUCUGUCUGUGUAAGUUCACCCCUGAAGCAGAAGUCCUGCCCAUGUGGAAACUAAAAAGUAUAGUAAAGUGCAAGGAAUAUGUAAGGACAUGAAGGGGUGCUGGCCUGCGACAGCACUAUCCCUUUAAAUGUGGGAACCAACUUAGCAGAGAAAUAAUGCAAGGACACGAUGAAUGGAGCAAUCAAAAAAAUAUGUAUUAAAGAAAGCCAAAGAAUAUAAUAUACAAAAACAAAAUAUGUACAAUGCCAUAUAUAUAUAUAUAUAUAUAUAUAUAUAUAUAUAUAUAUAUACACACACACAAAAUCAAUAAAUACAAAUAGAGCAGGCAGAGUACACGUGAUAGUCCUUAGGCAGGAUCGUACAGCCACUACAGAAUAUAAGUGGGACACGGAUCCUAAGCCACCAAGGAGCAAAGCCCAAAGAGGGUCACACGUAAAUAAGGCAGCAAGGUCAGAAUCACUGGAAAUGAAGUAUAGGCAGGAACACUGCAAGCGAACACUGGAACGGGAGGCACAGGACCAUAAGGACAUCGGAUCAGGAGAAAGGAUACAGGAACCAGGAAACCGCAGACACAGGAUAAAGGAUAAUGAUCUGACAGGGAGUGAGGGGAGAAACCAGAAUAUAUAGGUGCUAAACAAUGGCCAGGUGUAGUGCUUAACUAAAAGAAAUGAGAAACAGUGCCAAACAGAAACAGUGGUGAGUGUGAGUACUGCAUGAGGGCAUAUUAACUAAGAAGUGUCGUGACAGAAUACAAAUCUGUAUUCCUGGCACUAUAGCUCUCCCGUGUCCCGCAGGCCCUCCCCCCCCUCCCCCCCCCAAAUCAGGAUGAAUAAAGGGUUAAAAACCUUUUAUUUACUCACCUUAUCCCUGAGCCUAUGUCACUCGUUGCUGGGUCAACUCUCCGCCCCAUUCAACUUCCCGCGUCAAGCAGGCACUAAUGAGCAUGAGGACAUCCAGCGUCAGAUACCUCACCUAAGGUCCGUUUUAAUCAAGGAAGUCCUCUAGUUGCUGUCUGGUAGAGGGAGUCCUAUUUUUCAGGUGUGCUGCCUUAUAUUUAUAUCUGUAAGGUCUAGUAUGUUAGUGCUGAUCCUUUGUACAUAUUUUCACUGUAGGCAGACUUAGUGCUGCAAUGUAAAUAUUGCAGUUUCUCUGGAACUGCAAUGUUUGACAUUGCAGCACUAAGUGCAAAAGGGACACUGCCGCAGGCCAUUUCAAUUAGCUGAAGUGGUCUGGGUGCCUAUAGUGUCCCUUGAACUCAUAAUCUACUGUAUUGAAUGGGACACUUUAAAAAUCACAUACCGAGCAUGUCUGAGUUGCUCUGCGAUUGGAUAAAUUGCACGACUGACCUAUAUACUACACCUGCACUGCUGCCCUCAGAGUAUCAUUAUCAGACAGCCAUCAUUCAUUCAGAGAGUCCGUGAGCUAUAACACGCACCUCAUUUUAAGAAAGAAAUUUCAGGAAAAAAAAACUUAAAGGACCACUAUAGUGCCAGGAAAACAUACUCGUUUUCCUGGCACUACAGUGCCCUGAGGGUGCCCCCACCCUCAGGGUCCCCCUCCCACCGGGCUCUGGAGAGAGGAAGGGGUUAAACACAUACCUUUCUCCAGCACCAGGCGGGGAGCUGUACUCCUCCUCUCCUCCUUGCUCGCGACGUCAUCGGCUGAAUGCGCAUGCGCGGCAGGAGCCGCGCGUGCAUUCAGCCGGUCGCAUAGGAAAGCAUUUACAAUGCUUUCCUAUGGACGCUUGCGUGCUCUCACUGUGAUUUUCACAAUGAGAAGCACGCAAGCGCCUCUAGCGGCUGUCAAUGAGACAGCCACUAGAGGCUCUGGAGGCUGGAUUAACCCUCAGUAUAAAUAUAGCAGUUUCUCUGAAACUGCUAUGUUUAUUUAAAAAAGGGUUAAUCCUAGAGGUACCUGGCACCCAGACCACUUCAUUAAGCUGAAGUGGUCUGGGUGCCUAGAGUGGUCCUUUAAAUUUCAAAUAAAGAACUUCUUACCCCCCUUUCUUACUCCCCCUCCCCCUCUUCUUACUUCCCCCUUCUUACUCCCCUCUCUUCUUACUCCCCCUUUUACCCCCUUUCUUACUCCCCCUCCCCCUCUUCUUACUUCCUCUUACCCCCCUCUUCUUACCCCCCUUUCUUACUUAAAAUUUGUUGGUAUUUGUUAGCACUGGUUAAAGAGAAACUGUGAUUUUUGAGUAUUUCAUAAAGACUGAACUCUCUUCAAAAGAGUUUCCAUUGGUAAAUUUUAUGUCUUUUCCCAGCAGCUGUCCCUAGCAAUAACUGUAGGUUAAAGCAUCGUCUUGCAGAGUUCUAUGGAGUUCUCAGGCGUAUGAGCUAGAGUACAAUAGUGUAUUAAGCAAAUAUGUAAUUGAGAGUUAUGGAUGUCUCCAGAAAACCCAUAGUUAGGAGUAGUGCUAAGGUUCUUUUAAUGUUAGGGUCGCACCAGGUCAUACAUGUUGGGAAUGUUGACGGGGAAAAAAAAUUAACUAAAAACUGCCACUACUAAGUAAAAUUUUUAUUUUGAUAAUAGACUCAUUGACUUUAAUGAAAGUCUGUGCCCCUCUUUCAGAACACAUGGACGAAAAGUAAUGAUCUUCUAAGACAGUCUCCCAUAUUCCUCAACAAGUUAUAAGCAAAUAAACUCUAAAGGAUUGAUACUGAAGACAGACGGUGAUGCAUCUAUUCUAGAAAACAGGGCUCACAAAUCUCUCAGCUCAAAGAAACACACAAAACCUGGUAUUUGCAUCAUAUUCUGAAGAGUGUGUGAUCUAUACCAUCUCUGAAAAGAGGAAAUUUAUUUUGACUAAAAGAUUGAGGAUUCAUUGAAAUCAUGAACACAGAAGAACAGCUUGGUGAAUAGUGUCAGUUGUGGGCACAAAACAGAAGCCAGGAGAGAAAAAAUAUCAGUGGAUACAAGAAGCAAGUCUGGUGGACAUGGAAGGAAAGCCUAGUGAAAAUGCAGGACCUGCUGGGGAUGCAAAAGAAAAGUCUUCUAAUAACAGAGAGUCAGUUGUGGACACAGAGAAAAAGGUUAGUGAAAAAACUAAGCAAGAUGAUGUCCCACAAGAUUUGUAUGUGGAAAAGUCAAGCUCGGUGUCAGAAAAUAAUGACAAAAAAGAAUCCGCUUUGGAUAUGGAGCAAAGUGCCAGUAAAACAGUAGAAUAUCCUAGUGAAACAUCAGCCGAAAACACAGAAGAAAUAUCUCACACUGGGUCAAGUGUAGAACCAGAGGCAGAUAGAAGCCUGGAGAACAAAAGAAAACCAUCCACAACGGACAUAGAUGAAAAGCCUGGUGAACAUCCAGAGUUAGUUGUGGACAUGAAAGAAAAUGCAGGACCUGCUGGGGAUGCAAAAGAAAAUACUAGUGAUAACAGAGAGUCAGUUGCAGACACAGAGAAAAGGGUUGGUGAAAAAACUACGCAAGAUGAUGUCCCACAAGAAAAUAAUGACAAAGGAUCAGCUUUGGAUAUGGAGCAAAGUGCCAGUAAAUCAGUAGAAUAUCCUAGUGAAACAUCAGCCGAAAACACAGAAGAAAUAUCUCACACUGGGUCAAGUGUAGAACCAGAGGCAGAUAGAAGCCUGGAGAACAAAAGAAAACCAUCCACAACGGACAUAGAUGAAAAGCCUGGUGAACAUCCAGAGUUAGUUGUGGACAUGAAAGAAAAUGCAGGACCUGCUGGGGAUGCAAAAGAAAAUACUAGUGAUAACAGAGAGUCAGUUGCAGACACAGAGAAAAGGGUUGGUGAAAAAACUACGAAAGAUGAUGUCCCACAAGAAAAUAAUGACAAAGGAUCAGCUUUGGAUAUGGAGCAAAGUGCCAGUAAAUCAGUAGACUAUCCUAGUGAAACAUCAGCCAAAAACACAGAAGAAAUAUCUCACACUGGGUCAAGUGUAGACCCAGAGGCAGAUAGAAGCCUGGAGAACAAAAGAAAACCAUCCGCAACGGACAUAGAUGAAAAGCCUGGUGAACAUCCAGAGUUAGUUGUGGACAUGAAAGAAAAUGCAGGACCUGCUGGGGAUGCAAAAGAAAAUACUAGUGAUAACAGAGAGUCAGUUGCAGACACAGAGAAAAGGGUUGGUGAAAAAACUACGCAAGAUGAUGUCCCACAAGAUUUGUCUGUGGAAAAUUCAAGCUUAUCGUCAGCAAAUAAUGACAAAGGAUCAGCUUUGGAUAUGGAGCAAAGUGCUAGUGAAACAUCAGCCGAAAACACAGAAGAAAUAUCUCACACUGGGUCAAGUGUAGACCCAGAGGAAAAUAGAAGCCUGGCAGACCCAGGGGAAUUUGCACUUGCAACAACAGAACAGAGUUUAGUCCGUAACAAAAAUGCUAUUAAAAAAACAGAAUCUACUUUGAACAAAGGGGAAGAUUUUAAUGAAGGGAAAGUGCCAACUAAUGUCACAGAAAAUAAUAGUAGUCGAACAAUAAGAUCUUGUCUGGACUCAGAAAAAAUACCUUUUGAAACAUUAGAGCUGGCUAAAAGUGCAAAUACUGUGCUUUACCAGCAUAGUAAAGAAAGUAACUUGCAUGACAGUAACCUCUUCUUGACAUCAGAAGAUACUCAGAAAUAUGUGGAAAAGUCACCAUCUAUUGAAUCAGAAGAAAGUUAUGAGAGCAAGCAAGUGGAAAGGUCACAUGGAGCUAAUUUAGAAGGUAAGCAGCACAAGUUUAGUGAUAUCCAAAAGAACAUAAUCCAGCUUGUUGCUGUAUGGCAAUUUGCCUAUACAUUGAUACAAGUUAAAAGUACAGUAAUGCAUCACAAAAAAAGUUAAAAUGUAUGUGUAAACCUCCUAAUGAGUGAGUUUUUUGUUUUGUUUUUUAAGAAUCCUUAUUUAGAGAUUUUUUUUUGAUACAAAGAAUGAGAGUACAGUUAUGAAGUUUGAACAAGACGUAUCCAACUAGAUAUUGCAAACAGCACUUUAAUGGGUUUUAUUUUAAAACGGGGUUCAUGAUAUAUAAAAGCAAAAUACUGUAUUGUCAAAUAAUAUACAGAGAUAUGAGUUUAUAUAAAGGGUGACAAUACCUAACCUGAUCUGCAAGGGGCUGUGGGCCCGUCUUAAGCAAGGAGAGAGAUUUGCACAGAGUGAGCUUCACCAGAGGAGUCGGAGAAGAGUGAGAACACUGCUUGUAAAAAAGUAUGAUAAAUGGAAUGAAGUCAGAAACAGAAUAGAAAAAAAGAAAGGGGAUUGGGGAAAGAGAGAGCCGUCUUCAAAACCACUCCACAGUCACACUGCAAGACCUCCACCAGGAAAUCAGGCAAAGUAGGGAAAGCCAAGGUGCACUAGAUGUGAGGUAUUAGAUAAUUAAAUAAUACAGAUUUAAGAACAACACACACCCACACAAAAUUAAAAAAAAGUUUUUUUUAAAUCUUACAAGGUUUACUUAAAAUCAUUAGAAUUUGGUUGUAUCAUAUGGUCAUAAUGUGUUAAGCUCACCACUAAUUCACAGCACUCCAAUAUUGGUGCAUGCACUCUAAAUUUAAUAUAAGAGAUAAACAUGCCAAAUGCAGUAAAAAUUACUUAAACCGCUUAUAGAGACUCUCCUCAAGUUUAUGCUUUCCUGUAGCUACAAUGGGGCAUCUGAACCCAAAAAGAAUACCGUCUGGUUUCCAAAUAUCCACAGAAAAAAAUUAAAAUUGGGGGCACACCCAGAAACUGCACUUAUCGAUAGUAGUGUUGCUGUAAAGGCCAAAAAUAUAUACAAAAUAUAGAUGAGGAAAAGCAAUUACACACAUACAAAUGCAGUUUUAAAUCUUACAAGGUUACUUAAAAAUGAUAUAUCUUAGCAAUGAAAUGUUGAUUACACAUGGCCAUAUGAUGUUUAUCCCACCACUAUGUCGCAGAACUCCAUAAUUGGUGAGUCCUAAGUUAAUAUUAAAAUGGGAGAUAAACAUGCGAACUACACUACUUACUGCUUAAACAACUUCCAGAGAUUCUCCUCAAAUGUAUGCUUUCCUCUGGUUCACUUAGUCUCAGUAUUUUUCCUCUGCUUGACAAUUCUUGACACUCUGUGGAGCUGCCGCUGUCAAGAAUUGUCAGCCUCACAGCUAUCACAAGUGAAGGCUGCCGGGAAUUGGCUCUUUGUAUGGAGAAUCUCACAGUUUCGCCGGAUCUUCUAUAGACCUCAAUGCUAUACGAUCCACAUGCGCAAGAGUACAACACUGACGUUUUCUCCUGGUGCGUAAGAGGACCAGCAGUAAGACAAUGGCAGCGCUCGCGAGGGACAGGUUCAGGUAGGUAAAACUCACCUUUGCCUGUGGGCCACUGAACCCCCAUCGGCGAUGUCACCAUCAGACAUCAAAUUAUGCGAAGUCCCCAGACUUUUACUCAGUACCUAGUAACAAGCAAUGGCAAGGAAAUGAAACCGUUUAUAACAGCUCUGUAUUUUUGUGAACAUUUUCAAAAAAUAUAUAAUCCAGCCAACAAACAUGUCUUUGUUUCAGAUGAAGACUCUAAACAGCUACGGGCAAGGUAUCGUCCUCAGUUUAUUCAGAAGACUUCAUCCAUGACUCCCAAAACUUCUCCAGGUGUGACUAAAACAAGUGGUAUGUUUAUGUGUUCAUUUCGGUCUUUGUUUUAAGACCAGAUUGAAAACAAGUCAUCCCAGAUUUUUCAUAUUCCUUCGGCAAAGUUUUGAUGUCUCUCUUUUGCAGGCUCACUGCUGGCCCUCGACUCUCAGGAAGAUGAGACACAGAUAAAAACAAGUAAGGCAGAGUAUCUGGAGAAGAAACAAGAUUCAGGUGAGUGUGAGGUGUAAGCCAACUGGGAUGCAUAAAUACAGAGUUGCAUGUUGAGUCUUAAGACUCUAGAUGAUGUAAGAUCAGCAGUAACAUUGCAAAGGUUCUGAGUGUAUGUAGUGGAGGGAUUCACAGCUGCCCACAGUAGAAAUAGGGUGCUAAGGAGAGAGAAUAACUUUAGCUGUAAUCCUUUUUAUUUUUUUAUAAUAGUAGUAAUUUGCACUGACGAAUAUUCUGACAUGGUAAUGGUGAGGUUAAUGACAGACUAACAUAUCCUUUUUUGUUCUUUCAUUAAAACACAAUUUACAUAGCGAAAGGAGAUGAACAAAGUAUUUGUAAUGUAACCAUUAUUAAAUAUACCUGCAUCUCAUAUAGCUGCUUCCAUUCCCAUAGGUUAAGUGGUGUGGGUCACUUGAAGUAGAAUUCUUUAUGGUUGUAGUGUGAUUAGUUUUCUUUCAGCCCUUCUCCUCUUAAUCAUGUGUCCAGUUAAAUCGGUAAAUUGAUCAAGGCAUCAAGCGUCUCAGUUUGAGCUAAUUAAUCUAUUGAUAAAUUGGACAAACCAAUGCCAAACUUUAAGGCCAGCUCCUAAAUCCUACAACAAACACUUUUACAGAUGACUUUUUUGGAAAUUGGAUUCAGAGAUUGCAAAUCUAUACGUGUUGUUAAAGAACCGUGACAUUUCAUUGGUAGAUGUAAUCAAUGACAAGAUCAUUUCACUCAAUGAGCAGUAACCCAAGUUGGCCGAUUCCUCUUUAAACAAAGAUAUCAUUUUCAACAUCUUGAUGAGGUCCCAUUACUGAAUAAGUUUAAGUCAUGCACAUCCUGCAUAGUCUGAGUUAAUAAGUCAUCAUCAGUGGUAAUGUCUUCUAGAAUAUUAUUUCGAGCAGAAGGAUGCAUAAUAUGAGUAGUAAUAUGUCUGCAAUAAGAUCCGAGGGAAGAGUGAAUUUCCAUUAAACCUAUGCUAAAUCUUACUCCCUAAAGUACACUGUGAUUUAUACAUAAAAAUAAUCAAUGUAAAGAAACUUGCAAAUCUGUGAGAUAAAUCAUAGGUGAGAUAAAAUCACCUUCAGCAUUGGCCACUUCAGUUGUGUGUAAGAUCAAUAUGUGUACAGAGCAGAUCAGAGGAAGUGAUGGUAUUGAAGUUUAGAAAAUGUCAUGUAUCAAAGUCCAACCAUGGAGAUAGUAUUCAGUAAAUGUAACUAACCUAGGUUUAUCUUUUCCUUUGCAGAUCCGUAUCUCACUGUUUGGCAGAAGAAGCAAAAAGCACUGGUGGGAGGUAAGGAUGUAUUAAUAGAUAAAGUAUAGAAUGGAAUCUGGCUUUUUGUUAUUUAUGUUAAUUCUGGUAUAGGACAUCUCCACUUGUGAUCUUGGGACCGCAGGUGCAGAUCUCUCCGAUAAUUCAUGGGUGGCCACCCGUUCUCCUACUGUAUUAAAUUGUCCCAAUCAGUAUGGUAAAUAACACUGUGUUGGUCCAUUUGUUUUCUGUCCUCCCUUGAGAAAGGCUUACAGACAAAACGUUGUUGGUGUCUCUUACUACUCUUAAUUUCCAGUUUCACCAGUAUUUUUUAGGUUUUUUGGUUUGUUCUUAUUUUUCUCUGUUGCUUCAUGCCUUUUUAUAUCACUUCUUUUUGGUUGUUUGUUUAACCUUAUGGAAGAGGUGGAUCAAGCCUCUGCUUAAAUACCAUAUUUACUUGAAUCUAAUGCGCCAUUGAACCUAAUGCACAGCUAACCACAGGAAGCUGAAAAAAUGUUUUUGCUGUCGAAUGUAAUGUGCGUUUAUACAAGAAGAUAUUACUAUACAACAUUGUGCUACGAGGAAAAUGUUUAUUGCCAUAUACUAUAGUAACAUUGAUGGUAAUUACAUUUUAGUGUUACAUAUUAAGUUUAUUCAUUCUUAAAUCCUUUUUUAGGAAUGAAAUUUGCCCGUGUGUUUUUGCCGGAAUGAAAUUCCCCUGUUUGAAUUCACCAGUUUGAAUUAGCCAAAAUGCAAUACGCCGGAAGAUUUAAAAUUUGGCCCCAAAUGUAAUGUGUCAUCGGAUCUAAUCCGCAUUCAAAUUUUGGAAACUUUAUUUUCCAAAAAAGGUGCACAUUAGAUUUGAGUAAAUACGGUAUAUUGUAUUUUUAUUGUUACAGAGGUAGAUUAGUAUUAUUUGUCUGUUUGCAUUGUACUCUUUGUAUGUUUGUUUUUGUUUUUUUUUUUUUUUUAUAUUGAGAUAUAGCAUGUCACAGGAAAGUCAGACAUUUUUGUCAGAAAGUCAGACAUUUUAAUGCUCAAAUACCUCAUUUUCUAUAGCAUACACGCAAAAGAAAACAGUGUUGCUACUUUGACAGUAUAAUAAAUCUGCUGACAUUUUAGUUAUACAAUUAUGAAAAGCAUUUCAUAGCGGUGUACGCAUAAUCUGUUGCCAAACACAAACCCUUUGUAGUAACCAAGUAUUUAAAGUUAGGUUGGUUAAAAUAAAACAAGAUAAAGUAAAAAUAAACACAUGAGUAAUGAUGAGUGCAAGUGUAAAAUAUCACUCAGGUGAGCAGGGUGGUACCAAAGGUAUCCUCAAACCAUGCAUAAUUACUCAUGAUCUGAGUGUUAUAUAUCAAUAUAGUAAGGCAAGUCACAUAUAACAAAUCUGAACUGUCAGGAUAGCUGUAAAAUUAAAGGAUGGAAUCAUCAAAGCUAGGAUAUUGCUUAACAUUCUGUCACACGGUUCAACAAGAAAUUUUCACUAAUUGCUCAUUUACGAUUAGGAUACCCCUAACAUAGGAGGCAGGAGGGGGGAGAGUAUAUCUCACCUGAGACAGUGAGUGAAGCAAACUUAUACAGUGCCCCGUAGAGCUGUUAGCACGAACUAUCUUGGUUAAUGAGACAUAACAACAGUGAAAUCAACUUGCGGCGUUGCAGUGAAACUUAGCUGCAAAAGGAAUAAAACAAUGAUGACACUAGCGGACGGUGUCCCCAAAUUCUCCACUUGCAGCUUCAAUCAGGUUUCUGGGUGAUCCUCCACUGCUCCCCUCUGAACAAAGGGAACUGUGAGCAUGGGAUCCAAAGCUUGAGUAGAUUUAGGCUUGAUCAUCUCAGCAGCCAAAGUGGGUAGUCCCAAAUCUUGCAAAAAUGUUGAGGCAUGAGCAGCAGAGCUGAGCUUAUGAACAGUCCCUUGCUGGGUCAUUAUCAGAUUCCCCAGAGACCCCCCCCCCCCCUCUAUAGGAGUCUUUCAGCUGACUGACACGGAAUGGACUAUGACAUCCAGUGUAACAGUGGUAGGUGCUUUUGGGGACCUUGGCAGCCGGUAUAUCCCAUCAAAUGUCAGCUUUCUAGCCAGAUUCUGGGGUUGUAUGUUAGCUAUCAGGUGUCUCAAAUAAUGUGGCAAUUCUUCAGGAAGAACUGUGUCAGGAAUGCCCCUUAUCUUAACAUGAUGUCGCCUAUAGCGGUCAUGUGUGCAGAAGUACCUGUUGAGAGGAUUCUACUCUUCUGAAGGUGUCCUGCAUAGUGAGUUGAGUAUGUCCUCCUCGGAGAUGCAGACCCUGUCCCUUACCACCUGAACAUUCUCCAUUGACCUAAAAUAAUUUCUUGAUAUCCUGUUUGGUGGCCAGCUCUGAUCCCUCUUGAGGAGCUGGAGAAGCUGGGAGCAUAACCGGGAGUGUGGGCUGAGAAGGUGAGUCAGUUGGUUCUGUGGAGCUAGGUAAAAUAUAGGCUGCCAUCUUCUGCUGUGGACAUUUUCAAAGGGUUCCAAUAUCCCUCAUCUUCGAUGUUGUGCCUGCAGGUUGUCUUUGUGAGCAGCGAUUGAUCCCCCAGCUGCUGGAGUUGUUCGGUUUCAGGUGCUGGCAUAAAUCUACCGCCUGAGAUCAGCUUAGGAGAGACUAGAGCCCGGAAAGGGUGGAUGAGGAGUAGGCUGCAGGCCUGUGCUUCAAUUUUUUCGCCUUUGGGGUGUGAAAGAAGGGCUGUACAUGCAGGGGGACACCAUUGUCUGGUAUCAAUGUUGUUGCGGGUCUGUGCUUAAAAGCCUUUUUCCAAUAAAGUUUUUGUCAGUGCUUAAACCUCCAAAACUUUGUGUCAUCCAGUUACUGGGGGUAAAUGGGUCUCUUAAUACAUUAACAGCAGGGGUAACCAGCCAGGUUACCCAGGUCCCGCUACAAAUGUGUUUUAACCCUGAAUGGUCGGUAAAACCUAGUUUGUAGGUAGCUUUUUUUUUUUUUCCUGUGGUUAGCUUUUCUUGAUUCACACAGUGUGCCCUCCAUGCUACUUGUUUAUGUUGUCUCAGGCAUUCCCUUAGUCAUUCAUCUUUGAAAGCCAUCUUUGUGAUGUACUUGUGGAUCCUCUGUGUUUUAUCCUGGACUUAACCUGUCCUCCUUCUGGCUGGUGUACAGUCUCUGUGUGCUGGAUUUCAGGUGGAAUCCUCUAUUCAUCGUGAGUAGUUUCUGGGGCUUGACAUCCAUGGUGACCAGCUCUUCUCUUGGCCAGGUUAUUAUUUUAGCUGGGUACCCAAUGACUCAUAGAGGAUAUGUGUUGAUCACUUGGAUGAUCUUCUUGCCAUUAUUGGGACUUCAAGAUCUGUCUGACUUUCUUGAGGUACUUGGAUGUUGAUAUUCUCCUUGCUUCUUCCUCAUGGUUGUGUCUGUGGUACCACCAGGUACCUGUAGCUGUUCUCUACAUUUCCUAUUGGAUCUUCUGGUACAUUAACUCCUUUUUCCCUGAUAACCUUCUCUCUUCUUGCUAUCAUCCGCUCACACUUAUGUAGUCUGAAUGACAUUCCAAUGUCCUUGCUGUAUAUCCUAGGUGGAUCAGUGAGUCAAUGUCCUGCUCACUUUGGACUUACAGCUUGAUGUCGUCCAUGUAGAGUAGGUGGCGGAUGGUAGCUCCACUCUUUAACCUGUAUCCAUAGCCACUCUUAAUAAUGGUCUGGCUAAGGGGGUUACAUAGUUACAUUGCUGAAAAGAGACUUGCGUCCAUCAAGUUCAGCCUUCCUCACAAAUGUUUUUGCUGUUGAUCCAAAAGAAGGCAAAAAACACAGUCUGAAGCACUUCCAAUUUUGCAACAAACUAGGAAAAAUUUCCUUCUUUACCCCAAAAUAGCAGUCAGAUGUCUUAGAAUCCUGUGUGAUUGCUUGGUCUACCAGCAGUUGGUGUUUUGAUUCUCUGGUGGUUUUUUUUUUUUUUUAUUUUUUUUUAUUUUUAUAUAUUUGGGUCCUGGCAUUCAUGGCCUGGCCUCCAAAUUCCCCAGAUCUUCGAUUUGUGUGAUGUGCUGGAACAACAAAUUCGAUUCAUGGAGGUGCUACCUCACAGCUUGCAGGACUCAAAUGAUCUCCUGCUAAUGUCGUGGUGCCAGAUACCACAGGACACAUUUCCAGAUCUUAUGAAGUCCAUGGAUCAAUGCAUCAGAGUUGUUUUGGCAGCACGAAGGGACCUACACGAUAUUAGGCAAGUGGUUUCAAUGGUGUGUGUGUGUGUGUAUGUGUAUGUGUAUUUGGAGGAAUUGAAAAUUGAUAGCACUCUGGGACUUUUUUUUACAAAAAGUACAACUUUUAUUGAUGUAUCACUAUUUCAGAUUAAUAUAUUUGCCAAUGUGGAUAGUGCACUCUCAUGGAUCCCAGGAUGAGGUUGGCCAAUCCUCACAAUGUGAUUUGCAAAAAAGUAAUGAUGGUCCAGGUACUCAAGUUCAAUUCAGUAGACAGAUUUAUUGGAGCAAAAUCAAAACAACGUUUGACAAAGGCCCUGUUGUAGGCCAAAACGUUUUUUCAGUUUUGCUACAAUAAAUCUGCCUACUGCAUUGAACUUGAGUACCUGGACCAUCAUUACUUUUUACAAAUGUUUCAGAUUAAAACAUAAUCUUUCAUCGGGACAAAGUGCAUAAAAUAACAGUUCAAGUAUUUUAUACCUUGUAAGUAUAAACAUAGUGUGCUCACCCCACUCCCAAGUAUGUAAACUUUUGCAUUUCCAGAGUGGUAUUCAUUCUCCUUAACUUUUGUAUUUUGUGCUGGAUUACGCACCAGUAAUCAGAUUAUAAGAAAUGACGAUCUCAACCAAUCCAAUGCUUUCCAUAUGAAGGCAUUGGAUUGGUUGAGAUUGUCAAUUCUGAUUAUCUCAGCCAAGGAUACGGAUCAGGGGCGGAGCCAGUGCCAGCAGACCCACGCGGCUCUGUAAUAAAGGUACUUUUAUUACCUUUUUAAGGGGUGCAAUGGGGGGCCGGCCACCUAAAUAAGGUUUUUCCACUUUAGAGUCAGGAAUACACGUUUGUAUUCUGGACCCUAUAAUGUUCCUUUAGGCAUUUGGAACUUUAGAAAAUGGCUCCAUGGCUUUAUCAGCCUUAACUCUAUAAAUGCUAGAAUUGCCAAGUAUAUAUUUUUUUUUAAUAUAGAUUUCCAAAUCUACAAACAUUGAUCGAGAUACCACUAUAUAUAGCACAGGUAAAAAUACUUUUGCAUAUUAUUUACUUGCUCCAUGUAACUUUUUUUUUUUUUUUUCUUCUAUUUCAGGCUUUUUGUGUGUGGUUGGUGUGGGGAUCCUUUUCUUGUAUUUUCUUUCUGGGUCCAGUCCAUCUGCCGAUCCAAAUCCCUCAGUGCUCCAGAUAUACCAGCGUGAAUUUGAAAGCUUUAAAACUUAUUUUCCCGGACAGAAUGAAGCUCUUUGGUUGAGAAGCCAAAAAAUGCAUCUAAAACAUCUAAACAAGUCCAAUCCCCUGGAGCCUACUACGCUUAUCCUAACUGCAGCCCGUGGCGGAGAGCGUACCUUGCGUUGCUUAAGUGAACAAUUAGCCAAGACAUAUUCCAGUGCAUUAAAUGCAUCUUACUUGGCGAUUGAUGGAUCUACUAAAGCGAAAUAUGACAGUAAGACCGCUAAACUACAUAUUGAUCAGAAACUAGAUUCAGGAUUUAAAACCACAUAUCGAGCAGCAGUUUUACAUCGGUUAGAAGAACUACCCGCUGGAUCCUUGCUUAUUCUUUAUAAAUACUGUGAUCAUGAGAAUGCUGCUUUCACAAAUGUGGCUCUGGUGCUCACAGUUCUUUUGGAUAAAGAAACGUUGGAUCGAAAUCUGUCUCUUGCAGAAAUAGAGGAGAAAGUAAAAGACUUCUUGUGGAAACGUUUUACAAGCCCAAAUCACAUAGGCUCCCACAAUGAGAUGGAUGUGGAUAAACUCAGUGGGGUGUGGAGUCGUAUAUCCCAUUUAGUGCUCCCAGUUCUACCUGUAGAUUCAAUAGAAUCUGGGAAUUGUCCCUGGCCUUUGGAGGGACAAGAAGAAACCGAUUAGAAGACACAGGGCAAAAUUGCACUGAAUGAUGUCCUCUUAAAAGCGGCUCUAUUAUCCAUAUGGUAGAGUAGCAGGACUUAGUCUGUAAUCUGAGAAAAAAAGAAAAAAAAAACCUAUUUGAAUAAGAAUAUCUUGGAAUUAUAGAAAAUGUAUCUAUCCAUUUCUACUGCAAUCUGGUGCAGGGAACACAGGAGCAGUUUUAAAACUGACUUAAAAUAACAUGCACUUUAUUUUAUUAAUUAAUAAUGCCUUAUAUUGCACUGUAAAGUGACUCCAUCAAUCUAAUCUAUUGUUUGAGAUCCUAGCCAGUCAUCUUAAACCAGGUUUUCUGCAUAACCCACGAAGAUGAAAAUAUCAUGUUGGGACAGGUUUUAUGCUGUUUGAUUCUACACAAUCUGUUCUCUUUCUGAUAUAAUACUCUGCUUUAUGUUUUUGGUUUGUUGUUGAAUUCAUUUUAUGUAUAAUCAGUUUUCAAACAGAGGUAUUUGCAGAAAAACAAAACUAAAUCUAACAGAAGAGCCUGCAUGUGAUAAAGCAUAUAUAAUCCACUGCCUAUUAGGAUAAAUCCAAAUCAUCUGCUGAAACAAAAGUCAGUUAUACGUUAUAAUAAUAGAUGAUAAAUAUACUAUAUUUUCAGACUUUUAUGACCACUUAGACGGAAAAGUAGAUAUUAAUUUGUUUUUGUACUUUUAAGAAGCGCAUCAGACAAUUUAACUGUAAAACAUAAUUUAUAUUAGUCUUAAAUUAAAGGGGCAAAUGUUUGUAAAGUAAUACUUCCUGUGAUUAUUUUUAGAGAUGGAUAGCCUUCCAGCUGAAGCGGUAGAGGUUGACAUAGUGAAGGAGUUUAAGCAUAAGGCUAUCCUAAGUAUAAGAUAAGGCCAGGGACUAAUGAAAAUUGAGCAGACUAGAUAGGCGGAGUGGUUCUUAUCUGCCGUCGCAUUCUAUGUUUAAUUUUAUGAAACAUGUGUUCAGCCUUUUGGUGAGAAUCAUUAUUAAAGGACCACUAUAGGCAUCCAGACCACUUCAGCUCAAUUAAGUGGUCUGGGUGCCAGGUCCCACUAGAGAAACUGCUAUGUUUACAUUGAGGGUUAAUCCAGCCUCUAGUGGCGGUCUCUCUGACAGCCACUAGAGGCUGCUUCCACGAUCCUCAAUGCGAAAAUCGCAUUGAGGACACGCUGACGUGCGUAGGAAAGCAUUGAGUAAUGCUUUCCUAUGGGAGGUUUGAAUGCGCGCGUCUCCGGCCACGCAUGCGCAUUUGGCUCUACUCGGGAGCUGCCGUCGGCAGGGGGAGGAGAGGUCACCAGCGCUGAUGGAGCCCGGCGCUGUUUUAAUUUAAGUGGCUGAAGGGGUUUCAAUCCCUUCAGCACAGCGGGAGGUGGGCUCCGAGGGAGGGGAACACCUAAUAACCCUUUAGUGACAGGAAAACAAGUUUGUUUUUCCUGGCACUAUAGUGCUCCUUUACCUAAUAAGAGUAGCCCCUGGAUGAUGGCUGUAUGAGUACUGCUUCCCCUUCCAGUUAAUUCAUUUACCUACGUGACAUUGUUGGUGGAAUGUGACACUGAACUGGUUGCUAUGCAACAACACAAAAGCUAGUUAUCAAUAGCAUUAACUUAUCUACCACUAAAUACUGAACUUGUUCAACUCCUUUUUAGUUUAGUCCUUGCUUUAAAUGAAAUGUAGAAUUUUAAAGGUACACUAUAGUUUUAGGAAUACAAACACAUUUUAAAAAUAAACAUUUUAUUUAACCUUUUCCUGCACAAAGGCUCCCUCGGCGCUGCUGACUUCUCUGCCUCCCACAACUGAGGAGGCAUGGGCUCCUCCACAAUGGUCCAAUCCAAUGCUCUUAGAGGACCAUUGAGGACUUGAUACACAUACAUGGUGAGUGGAUCAAUACUUUCCUGUGGGGGGGCUUCUGCAUCAUGUGACCUAGUUUUAUUCAGUCAGUGCAGUGACUUCACUUAAACCUGCAAUGUAAACGUUGCAGUUUCUAAAAAUCAGCAAUUAUUUACUUUGCAGGGUUAAAAGGACAGGGCCACUGCAUCCAGAUCACUGCAAUGAGAUGAAGUGGUUUGGGUGACUAUUGUGUCCCUUUAGUAAUGGAAGUGGCAGUGCCAUAUCUUGUGGAACAGAUAAAAUGACUAUUGUAAUAUUUCUCUCAUUAUUUUUAUUAUUAUUUAUAAAGCGCCAACAAAUUAUGCAACGCUGUACAAUAGAUGGACUAACAAACAAGUAGUUGCACGAAGAAAAGUUGGACAUACUGGAACAGAAGGUGCUUCAUGCCCUGCUCAAAAGAGCUUACAUUAUUUUUAUACAUUAUUUCGACAGAAUCUCUCAAGUUACAUAGGGAAUGUUCUGUAUGUAUCCUCUUGGAAGCAUAUUAACCAACAUUUGAGCUUUUUUGCUAUAGACAACAACAAGAACGGUGUCAAGCCUCAACAAUGCACAUAUUUUCGACUGGUACUACCUGAUAGGGUUUGUCUACCUCUAUGGGAAGCAUUAUAAGACGGAUUUGCUGCAGGGUUAUAACAAACCAUACAGUUUAACUAUCAGAAUCACAAACACAAAUAUAAGAAACUAAUUAUGUUGAUAUUUCAGAUCUACAGGAGGGAAAUAAAAUAGCUAUAUCCUAUGUUAGGGGUAUUCAAAUACCAGAACGUCACCUUUUUGGGGGAACCUUACCUUCCAUAUAUAUCAACUAGUCAUUUUUCCAUGGGAGCUGUUGAUUUCCAAUAGCUGGAGGUUCAAUAUUUGAGCUUUAGAGACUAUGAAUGCCAAGUUUGUAUGUAUUUUAGUGUAAUAGCAGUCCUCCAAUUGAAGUUGAACAAGAUUUCAGAGCCAAUGAGAGUUAAGGAAAUUUUAGACCAGCUAAAAAAAAAGUACAGUUGGAGACUUAGGUCUAUAUUUACCUUCCCCAAUCAGUACAAUUGUUAUAGCAAAUAUUACCUACAAUUAUUCUAAGUGCUAUAAAUUUUACAAUAAGUGGGUGGACAUUAUGAUUAUAUCCUAUUUUAUGAUUGUCAAGUAAUUUAAAAUGUUAAAUUUGUCUGAUAUUUUUAUACAGUAAUUUGCCUCAGGAAAAAUGUGCUUACUGGCAAAUAAAAAUUUUAUGCUGGCAAAAACCUAUUUGUAUUGACUUUUUCCUAAAUAUAUUGUUAUAUCGAUCUCAUAACUACUCUGUAUUUUACUUACUAAGCAGCACAUUGUGGAAAUUUUGACAAACAAUUUGGAGAUUUUAUUUUCAAGUCCAACUACUAUAGUCAAAAUGUAUUAUAUCUUU